CGGUCUCGUUUCUCCUCCAACUUUUCAAUCAAUCUCAAUUUCAUAUUUCCUCAUCCUUAUUUAUGUAUAUAUGCUUGCAUAUUUGGAGAAGAAACCCUAGCUUUUCCAAAAACCCCAAUUUCAUCUUAUUCUUCGAUACUUCUUCUCCAGGUGAUAUUGGUACAGCAGAUUAUUGAUUGAAUGGAGGGCAUACAGCAUCCGAUACCCAGAACAGCAGAGGAGGUUUUCAAUGACUUUAAAGGAAGAAGAGCUGGUUUAAUCAAAGCUCUUACCACCGACGUUGAGAAGUUCUAUCAGUUGUGCGAUCCUGAGAAGGAAAACUUGUGUUUAUACGGUCUCCCAAAUGAAGGAUGGGAAGUCAAUCUGCCUGUUGAGGAAGUGCCUCCUGAACUUCCUGAGCCAGCUUUAGGUAUAAACUUUGCUCGGGAUGGCAUGCAGGAGAAGGACUGGUUAUCACUAGUUGCAGUUCAUAGUGAUUCGUGGUUGCUCUCUGUUGCUUUCUAUUUUGGUGCACGAUUUGGAUUCCGUAAGAACGAAAGGAAGCGGCUUUUCCAAAUGAUAAACGAUCUUCCAACUGUCUUUGAAGUUGUGUCUGGAGGCGUUAAAAAACCCAAGGAUCAGACUGAAAUUCAAAACAAUGGCAGUAAAAGCAACAAGUCAAGUGGGAAAACUUCAAGGCCAUCGGGACUUAAGAUGACUCCACCACCCAAAGACGAUGAGAGCGGAGAGGAAGAAGAUGAUGAUGAACAAGGAGCAGCCCUUUGCGGAGCUUGUGGCGACAACUAUGCAACCGAUGAGUUCUGGAUUUGCUGUGAUAUCUGUGAGAGAUGGUUUCAUGGCAAAUGUGUCAAAAUUACGCCUGCCAAAGCCGAACAUAUCAAGCAGUACAAAUGCCCGAGUUGCAGCAGCAGCAGCAGCAGCAAAAGGGCUCGACUCCAGGUUUAGGCUUAUGAAUAUGACAAGUUUUUAUGGCAUCGGUUUUUGAUUGAUGAAACCGAACCCGAAUCUACGGUUGUUUGUGGGAACCUAAAAAUCAAGUUUAAAAGGAACACCAGACUGGCUCUAUAUUAUAUUAUUAUAGAUUGCUGGAUUUUGUUUAGGGCCAAAAUUAGACCAUAUUCAGUUUGUGACUUCAUGGUUGGUGGUAGAUUUGGUUUUAUACUUGGUAUUUCGGUUUUGAUG